AUGGCAAACGACGUUGCGACGCCCACCUUCCAAGAAGCCCUGAAGCAGGACAAGGCCCAGUUCGACGACUGCACCCCCUGUCGUCUUGUUGGCAGCGCAACCUUUGUCGGUCUCGGCGCCUUCACCUACCUGUCUGGGCAUUCUCAGCUCAACGCGCAAGAAGCCGUCAUCCGACAGAGCAAGAGCGUCUUCGGCAUGGCGAGCAGAAGAGCCGCCCUCACCUCGACGAGCGCCGUCUUUGUAGGCCUGGGCGUCUACAGGUGGUUUGCCUGA